AAGUGUCAAAACUUGCGUGAAACGACUCCUAGUGGCGUUUAGUGCCGGAACAUUUUCGCCACGCAUGUGGUAAAGUUAACAAGUGCAAAAUGGACGACCUCGGUGUUAGGCGUCGCCGACCCGGCAGCAAAUCUCGCGUCACCUCGAUGUUCCAGCGCAUCUCCUGGUGCGGCUGCAUCAAUGAGUCGCGGGUCUCGAGUCGGCCGAAAUCCCCGACUCUGGGCGAGUCCAGUUGGCGUUCGGCAUUGAUUGUCGAUGACGAGGAGUACGACGACGUCGCCAGGUACUUUGACCUAUCAUCCGUCAAGUUCAUCGACGAGGACGCCGAGGACGAGGUCUCCGAGCCUAAAUCAACCAUCGCGCCCAUAUGUCGACUAGAAUCCUACGAUGGUAUAGAGGAGUGUCUUGUGCGAUGAAGUAUUGGAUGGAUCAAGCACCG